CACCACCAACAGAAAAACCUCACUGUGCCCAAAUCCUUAGCCGCAGAUACUCCACUGACAGGCAUUACACCAUCGCCCCUGCUACGAAGAUCUGCCGCUGCGUUAGAUUCAGGUUUCAUAUUUAUAGCUACCCUCUGGAUCACACCAACGUUUUAUCAGAACGCGAGGUAUUCCACGUUAAAUAUAUAUAUAUAUAUUUUCAUAUUCGAUUUUACGCACUUGUCCCCUUUUGCCAUUUUCCCACUGUGGAGUCGGAAGAUUUAAAAUGAUCCUUGCAAUGUGUAGAUAUCCCCCGCAGGUACGGACGGAACUGAAGUACCUCUGAUCUUUGGAGGAGCACCUUUGGGAGGAAAGAGGGUGCGCGCAAUGGAUUUUUAAACAAGGGGAAAUCUACUAAGCAAUGGUUGCAAGUUGAAUAUUUCCGCGCCUGGCAAGACACCGCUGUCUAAACGGACCGUGAGAGCGGAGCUAGGAGAUUUGGAGGCGGACAAGAAACAAUACGUUACCUUUUCCCUUUGGAUCAUUUUCUUACAACAAGGAAGCACCUAAUGUUGCAUGCAGUGACAUUUUUGCACUCCAGUUAUUUAUCAUUACACUGGGAUUCAAAGGCACCUCCGGGAUUGUGUGCGUAAGGACGCUGGCGGGUCUAUCCUCAACUUCUCUCGGGGCUUUAAAACUGUGGAAACAGGUGUAUUUCAGCAAGUCAAGAUGUCUGUUGUGCCUUCGAGGUUCAUAUACCUGUGUUUACAUUUUCUGGUCCUCUAUUUCCAGCUCCAGGAAUCUCAACAGAGCUCAGCCGAUUUCAGGAUCUAUAUUGAGAACCACACGCGGAACCCAGACGACCUGAGCCGGAAGCAGAUCCGUAUCUACCAGCUGUACAGCCACACCACGGGCAAGCACGUCCAGAUCCUGGGCAAGAAGGUCAACGCCAACGGAGACGAUGGGGGCAAGUACGCUCUUCUUGUUGUCGAGACGGAAACCUUUGGGAGCCACAUUCGAAUAAAAGGGAAGGAGAGUGAGUAUUACAUCUGUAUGAACAAGAAUGGCAAAAUAGUUGGAAAGCUCAAUGGAAGGAAUCAGGAGUGCGUCUUCGUGGAAGAAUUCUUGGAGAACAAUUACACAGCUCUCGUGUCGGCCAAGUACAAAGGGUGGUACCUAGGCUUCAACAGGAAGGGGAGGCCCAAAAAAGGAUCGCGGACCACACAAACACAACAGGAAGUGCAUUUCAUGAAACGCCACCCGAAGGGCAAGGUGGACCCACUGGAAGAGUUCCGUUUCACGACAGUAACUAAGCGGACACGAAGGGCGCGUCGCUUAAAACAGAACCCCGAAACUAACUGAUGGUCCGAUGGGACAUCAGACACACUGUUUUCCCAAGGAAAUCACGAGAUUCUUGCCUUAAAACACCUUGAAGACUUUUGUAAAAAAAAAAAGAACAAACAUUUCAAA